UCGACCAUUAUUUAGAUUUGUUUUCAGAUUUUAAUAAAUAUGCGCACCAGCUAUAAAAAGAAUCGUCCAUUUGAUUUCAAGCUCAUCGAUCAUGUCGAGCCUAAUACCGUACUGUAUAAACGCCAGACGGGACUUUCGAACUAUGAUGUUAUGAAAGUUAAAACAGAGAUAUGGUCCAAAAUAGCAGAAAUCAUGGAUUGUGAUGUGGAUUUCUGUCUAAUGCGCUGGAACAAUUUACACUAUCAGUAUCGCAAGGAAUCCAGGCGACCUGGCGGUUCAACCUGGCCAUAUUUUAAGCGAUUACAAUUUUUAACCGAUGCACAAUCGCGAGCUAAGGUCAAGCCCAAGGCUGAAAGGCAGCCGAACGUAGAGCUAAAGGAAUCCAUUGUAGAUCAGGAUGCAUGGCAGUCGUAUGAAGAUUGCGUGGUGAUGCAUGUCGCCGAUGUGGACCAGCAUGGUGACAAUACAUUCAUUAUUGAGGAAAUCAUUGAGCAAAACGAUCAAAUUCUACAAGAAGAAAUCGUUUUUGAGGACGAGGGUGCGGUAGAAGAGCAGCAUGUGCAACCUAGCAUAGAACCCAAAGCUAAAGAAAGGUCAACUCUGGCUGCAGACACGUCACCUACAAGCGAUUAUAUACAAAUGAGCCGAAUUCUCGGGCAACUGAAAGGAGUACAAAAAAUGCGAGCGGAACGUCGAAUUUUGGCCUUCCUGCUCAAAUGCCAGCUGCGAGCUCUGGUGGACGAGCCUAUUGACGAUCUGAUUAUUUAAAUAUUAGACUUAGUAGUGUAAAUAGACCUUUAAUAAACAAACUAAAAGA